GUUUUAAUGGAUCGGUUGCGGCUCCCGAUGGGUAGUUAGAAGUUCGUACCCGUUCGUGGAGUGUGCGUGUCCGUUCAGCAGGAAGGCUCGACCCACGGUAGUGCCGUUCGUUUGCGUAUCGCGUUGCGUGCAUGUUUUAAGAGCGUAAAAUAAAUCGCCUUUUCCCAGUGAAUCAGAGUGUUUCGAAGCUGUGGCAAGAAACAAACCAGUGUGAAAAUAAAACCAUCAUCUAUCGAGUAGGCAUCGACAAAUGGGUCGGAAUGGAAAAUAAAGUACCAACCAAGUACCCCAGUGUGUGGCUGUUGUUGUUGGCAGUGAAAUGUGAAAAAUAUUGAUUUCUGUAUCCAGUUUUCUCGGCCAAACGGAGAACGGAGCAAUUGGAAAAUAAAUAGAAAUUGUGCAAAAUUGUGCAACUUGGCAUUCAGUCGUUCGUGCCAUAUCGAAUACCCAGCGUUGUGUAGUGUGUGUGUGUGUGUGGCAGCGUGUGUACGUGUGAGAGAGUUUGUUGAUUGUUUUGUUGACCAGUUUAUUGUUCUUGUGAGCGUUGUUUGGCGCUGUGAGAGGAGGUAUUCCGCAUUCUGUUUGCCGGAUGGUGGUUUGAAGUGGUUGCAACAAUGCCAAACGGGGAAAACUUGCCAUGCCCUAGCCGCUGGCACAAAAUGUACUAGUGAGAAUACGCGAAGCGUUGUGAGUUGGUGUUCGGAGCGUACAUAAAUUGAUCCGGAGUAUAUUGCAUUGAGUGGGCACUGCAUCCUUGACAAAGUACAUCCGCAAGUUUUGGCCACCAAAUUUUCUAAUCACGUUAAACCCUAUUGUAUGCGACAUCGACCCGGCAAAAAAAGGCAAAAGAGAAGUAACAGAUUAUGAAAUUUCGUGUGGCUUCCAUAAAAAUCUCUCUUUGAAGUGACAGAAUUUCUACCCGCGCUAAGAAGCUGCCCAGCCAGGAAAUUCCUUCCACCAUGUCAACCGCAACGUAAAAAAGCAUCACACCAUAGCGAACCGCACACUUCCGGUGGUAAAUGUGCGCGCAAGUGUUUGUGAAACUGUGAAGCAAAAACGAAAGCCACUGCUGACGAUGAAAAGUGGCAUUUGAAAGUAGUGGAAAUGAAUGGAAAGCCGGAACCGCAAGGAAAAUAACAUAAAUUUGACUAACCAAACCAGCUCGAACUAGCGCACACAGAUCUAUAAGAUCCAAAUGUAAGCUGGACGGUGCACAAAAAAGUCUAAAGCAGUGUGCAUGUGUGCGUGCAUGUGAAGUGUGUUUGUUGCGCAAGUCACUAAAACAUCGAAAGAAACUACAUUUGAAAGGCGCCAGAAAAACGCCUUGGCGGCGAAACCAAAGAAGGUGCAAAACCCAAACGCGGCCAAACGCGGUUCGGGAUGAGAUUGAAAAAUGUGAGAAUUUUCCCCAGCUGUGACACUGCUGGAGCCAUGGCUGGGAACCGGCCCACGGCGGUCUGUCAUCCCGUGCACUCGCUGGCAACCGUGCACCGCAAACGGUAGGGCCAUUGCCAAAGGGCGUUCACCUCGACGGAAGGAAAGCACGCGCUGAUUCCGGCUGCCUUGGGUUGCCAAUGGAUUUUCCACAGCGGUUUGGGCCAAGUGGCCAGCUGGUGGUGUAAAUAACGCGCAAACACUCUCACACAUAGCCUAAAGAAGGAAAAACUUUACCGCGCGUGUGUGUGUAUAUGUGUACGAAUGUAUGUAUGCGUGUGCAUGUAUAUGAUAGUGGUAAAAGAAAAGCGGUGACGUUGGGGUGCCUCACAAAGUGGAAACUCCCUCAAGCGUUGGCAGUGUGAGCGAAAGCGUGUCUGUACGCGUUUGUCUGUGUAUGUGUGUGUGUAUGUGAGUGGGAAAAGAGAAGUUUCGUGUUUUCUCAGCAGUGGAAGGUUUUGCAUUGAAAAUAUAAAUUGCAACCCAGUGUGCGCUUUAUUCCGAGUGCAGUCCGAUUGGGAGGGGGGGGGGGGGGGGGGGGGAAUAUAUAUAUCGCAACCGGAAAAAGGUGCAAAUGUAGUGGGAUCGGAAAAGCGGUUUUCCGAAGUGUGUUCUCAUUCCUAUUCUGUACAGCCAGGAUUUCGACGUGGUAAAACGAACCGAAAGAAAGAAAGGAGUCACAAUAGUCGUUGUUUGCGACCACCACAGCAUAACAACCCAAUCACCAUGAAGUGUCACAAGCGGCUUACGUUGGACAUCUGGAUACUGCUGGUGUACGUGCUAGAUAUCACCAGCGGUGGCAUCCAGCCUCAUCAGCCCUACGAUGGAUAUAAAUCAUUCCUCGAUACCAGCACGGCCCAUCUGCGCACGUACGUGGCGUCCGGUUCGGUUGCGUCCGGGUCCUCCAGCCAGUUCGGUGGCGUGCAUCACGCCCAACAGCAGACACCGGGGCAGAGCUCGCAAAGCAAAUGGGAGGAACCAUACUUUGACGACACAACGCCGAGGAAUGUGACUGGACUCGUUGGCAAAUCCGCUUAUCUGAGCUGCCGGGUGAAGAACCUGGGCAACAAAACGGUUUCGUGGAUAAGGCACCGGGACAUUCACAUACUCACCGUCGGCAGCUACACGUACACAUCCGACCAGCGAUUCCAGGCGACGCAUCACAAAGACGUCGACGACUGGACGCUGCAGAUAAAGUGGGCCCAAAAAAGGGACGCCGGAAUCUAUGAAUGCCAGAUUUCUACCCAGCCAGUGCGCAGCUACUUUGUCACGCUCAGUGUUGUAGUGCCAACGGCCACAAUAAUCGGUGGACCAGAUCUGCAUGUGGACAAGGGCAGCACCAUCAACCUUACCUGCGCGGUCAAGUACAGUCCGGAGCCGCCAGCGUACAUCUUCUGGUAUCAUCAUGACGAGGUGAUCAGCUACGAUUCGAGCCGUGGAGGUGUUUCGGUCAUCACGGAGAAAGGUGACGUCACCACCUCGCACCUGCUGAUCCAGAAUGCUGAUCUGGACGAUUCGGGCAAGUACUCCUGCUCACCGUCCAACGCAGACGUGGCCAGCGUGCGUGUGCACGUCCUCAACGGUGAACAUCCGGAGGCGAUGCAGACUGGUGGCGCCACGGCAGUCGUUUCGUCGGACGCUCUCUUGUUACUACCACUGAUCCUGCUCGCACUACUGCUCCUCACGAUAUCUCCAUCAGCAUCGAUGAGCGUCGUUUCGCCGAUUCCCAGUAGAAAACUCGACCGACAACCGACCUCAAGCGAACGAAACCUAUCGGUGACGUUGGCUUCAUUCACCACCGGUGGGUGUAGUAGAGACCAGGCGCUUCUUCAGCAUGGGGUAGCUUCAAAUAUUCACCACCACAUUACCGUCACUGUCUGCAUCGACGAACGGACGUCCGUACGGUGUGAUUCUGCGAGAUGAUAAACCCCCCAUCGAUUUGGAACCGAGAGCAGUAGUGUCUGGCACCGAAACCAGGACAGGGGGUCAUAGUUUUUUGUUUUUGUUUUUGGCUUUCGUUACCAUAGAUAACUUUACCUUUUCUCCACUACUCUGAAUGCUAGAGAAGCAGCAAUCGUAGUUUUGCCAUGGGAGGGUACGUUCAUAAAUCCGUUCCAUGUCUCGGGAGACAUCGGGAGCGUAAGUGUUUGUGAGAGGAUGCGAUUUUCUCGCUGUCUAUUGUGACAGGUACUAGGUGAAAUGGUAGUAUAGCAUCAAGCACAUAUACUUUGGAUUUGGUUGAAAACAGAAGCAGAACAUAAAGCUAGUUGAUAGACAUGUGGUUUUAUUGCAGUUGUUCGUUGAAAUUUAUUUGAUUUGUCUCAUUGUUUUCAAAUUGAUUGGCAUAUGCUAUGUUUUGAUAUUUUUUUUUCUCGACCGAACAUCGUAUAUUAUUUUACUUUUAAUGAAUCUUCAUUUUAUUUUGCUGCAAAAGAAGAGUUUUGUUUGCUCUAUAUAAACCACAGUCCUCCUGAAACAACCGAAUACGAACGGUACAAAUUUAACACGUGCCCAUGUUGACUUAGAACCAUCGAAAUGUUAUUAUGCCACAAAAUACGUGAAGGAUAUUUGUUUACGUUUAAUGAUCGUUUUUAUAUUGUUGUUCACAGGCACGAAUAAAACCUAUAGGAAAAAUAUUAUUUAAAUCCGUACUUACACUUUGAAACAAUUAAAAAAACGAGAUCGUUAUCUUUCAUCUCACCAAUGCGAAUGUUUUACUAUAAUUUUUGUUUUCAGCAUUUAGAUAAAUCAAUCAAAUUGAUGAUAGAAUAAGUAAAAAACUGCAAAAUUGGUAGCACUAGGAUGACUGAGGAAAUGCAACUUUUCACUCACAAUAUCUUGUACAUUUAAGAAUAUGAAAAAAAAACAUACAAUCCCAAGGCUCAUACACUCAACAAAACGUAACAACCACAUUAAACUGCAAAAUAGAAAACCCCUAAUCACUACACAACUAUUUCUACACCCGGUACAUAACAAAAAUACACACACACAAACAAAAACGACAGCAACACUCAACAACAAAAUGUCAUUAAAAAAACAUAAAAAAAACAAGUUGAAUGAUGACAAGCGAGAUUUUAAUCGUGGUGUAGUUUUUGAUGCAUAAAAAAAUCUAUAUAACACAAUUUCAUGCUGGCAAAUUUGGAUUGGUCAAGUUGUAAAGUUUGCGGUAGAGUAUGAAAACAUUUGUGUGUGGCAAUUAGUACUGAAUGAGCUUAAUUUUCCUCUUUCGUUCAUUCAUCUUACCAACAGAGCUGUACUGUACAUAAUACUAUACGAUUAGAAUCUUUAAUCACUUCACUAUUGUUCCGAAAAAGCACACACACACACACAGAACAAGCAACGAAACAUUUUGAUGAAACGUAAAAUGGGAAGCAAUAUGAAUGAAUGCGUUCGAAUAGAAAAAGACAAAUUUUGCGAAUGUAUUUGCAAAAAGCAUAAAUGAAAGUUGUUACUAGUCUUUGCGUGCAGCAAAGAUUUAAAAACAAAUCACAUCAUCGGAGGAAAUUAAAUGGAAAUCGUUUAAAAUAGAUCUAAUGUUUGAUUGCCAACCUCUAGAACAAUGCCUUUUUUCAGAUAAUUUAAAAUUCUGUGGCUUUUCCUGUUCCACACACCAACUGCCAGAUAAGCCCGAUUGCCAAGAUUCCAAGAAAAUUAAUUAUUUAAAAAGGAUAUGUGAAUCAACACACCACCCGUAACGAAGUUUAUUACAUUUGGUUCCACUAAUUAACUCAUCAUGAUCAACAAAAAAAAAUCUUCACUGAGCGAAAUCAAUUGCGAAACAAUUUGUUCAUAAUCAGCCCAUUUAUGGAAACCCAUUAUAAUGCCAUUGGCAGAUCCCUGGCACGCUUCCAACCUUUCUUCCCACGCGAGGACCAUUCUACCACCCCGAUCAGAAAGCAAGCAUGAUAUAACGUUGGCACACAGUUUCAGUUAACUGCUGUCGGGGUGUUUGUUUUUUUCCAGAUAAUGGGUGCGGUUUUACUUAUCUUUCGCUCUUUUUUUAUAAUGUCGUGCAAUAGCAGCGCUUAUCGGGUAACCAUUUCGACAUCAGCUGGAUCAGUGCCGUAACUACCACAAACCAAAAUCGCUUCUCAGUGGGCUUUCCACCACACGCACUUCAAACCAUACGAAGUGUGUGUGUGCGUGUGAGUGGUUGUGUGCUGGCUUUUCAGUAAGAGUUUGUGGUUACGAAAUCGAGCAGAAAUGAAGGCAGAGAAAUAAAAAUGAUCCCACCGUCUCGAAAGAAAGAUUUUUCCUGUGUGUGUGCUUGGUGUUCGGUUUAACAAUCGUCGGGAUGCGGUUCGGCGGAAGUGAAAUGGUAUAAAAGCGAAAGAGAAGGGAUGGAAAACAAUUUCCGAAAAGCGUGCACCACGACGCUCUACACGCAAUCGCCACACGAGACACGCCUGGGACGCCUUUCAAUAUCAUUAAAAAAAUAUUGAUGCAUAAAUAAUUGAUUCGGUUUUUCACUUCUCUGGUCUGCGUGUGGCUUUGGCCACUCGGCUUCAAACGUUGACCAAAGACGGGCUUUACUUCCGGCUCAAGCCAGUUUUUUCACAUCACGUUCGUUGCGUUCGUUUCUGUUCUGUGCGAGAUUUUAUACCUUCUUCUACGCUUCGUAUCACUUACAGACGAAAGCUCCUCCAAUAACGAUUCAAAUCAAGUCUCACCGAAACGAAAUACCGAAAAAUCCGAAGCUAAGCAAAGCCUAAGCUACGUGUGUGCCCACUGGCAACACGGAUCCUUCUGAAUCAUUCAACAGUAAAAGCCACCCUUAACCGACACCUUGUAGGUGUUGGGAGAAAAAUGUAACCCUGUAGCUCAAAUGGCACGUUUUCUUUAGCGGAAGCGUUUCCCCACGGGAUAGCACGGCGUACUUGUGCAAACGAACGAGCACAAAUCAUUUCACUCCCGAUCAUUCCGCCCUGCGCCUAAUUCGCAAAGCUUUCGCAGUCAAAACAAAACACAAGCUAAGAAUAAAUUGAGUAACUUUUCAACUUUUGCAGCCGGUGAAAUGGAAUGAUGCGAAUAUUCGCAAAUGAUUCUUCAACUAGGAUCGCUGUUGAAUGCGGACUCGGAACCGGGAGGGGAGUGGAGGAUGCUUCAUGGGAAAUUGAUAAGAUUGCUUUUAUUGCACAAAAGUGACGAUCGCAGAAAGGUAGGGCUGGAAAGCUUCGAUCGAAAUCCAGAUGCCACCAACCUUAUCCGUGCACAGUGAUGAAGAAGAACUUAAUUGGUGUUUUUGAACUUUCGGGAAAUUGGUAGGAAAGUUGAGGUUUAUAAUUGAAACCAUACAGCAGAGAAGGCAAUCACAACCGCAAGCCUGGCACGGUGGUUCGAGGAAAAGUUUAAUUUUCAUACUGUCGCGGUUUAGCUAAUGAAGAGUUGAUGAAACGUGCAGCAUAAAGAUUGAAAGGAAAUUCAGAGACGGAUGUAGAUAAAAGUGUAUAAAGUUAGUAUAAUACAGGAGGUUCAAACACUGGCAUGAAUUCCGCUCUAAAAAUACACACACCAACUUAAUUUACAGUCAAUCAGCAAGCAUAAAGAUUGAAGUUGGAGGAUAAAUAUCCAUUUUCCGUUGAAUGAUGGGAAAUAUUGACGUUAGCAAAAUGUGUACAUAUUACAGUUGGAAGUGGAAGUUAAAUAAAUCCAAUGCAUACCUACGAAAAAACCGUAAUAAUGUAUGAUUUUUUGUAAUCAAGCAAAGUUAUGAAGAACAGAAACAUAAUAAACCCGAAAAACAAUUCUUGAAUCUUGAAUUAAGUGCAUAACUGAAUAAGAGAGCUAAUCCAAAACCAUUCCAAUGGGAAGAAUCGAAUGCGGAAAUAAAAAAUCAUUCGAAACAUUUGUAAAUAUCACUAUGUAAACUACUUCUUGAGUAAAACAUUAACAUACCGACUAAAAACACCCGCAGCGGCUCGCACAGUAUAAAAUCACAUCAGUUACAAACAUAAGAAAAUGAAUUGCGAAACAGCAAAACUUGACGUACAAGAGCAGUUGUGUAUUUGCGAUCAAAAGUGGAGACAAAAAAUAAUUUUGAACCCGUUCCAAAGGAUUGAGGUUUAAAUGCUGUGAACCUGACAAAGAACGCGCGAAAGUGUGAGUGAGAAGGAUAGGGCAAACCCUGCAAGAGGGAGGCAAAAAGCAGAAUGUACUGUAAAGCGAACAAGUGGCAGACAAGUAGAUUGUGAAGUGGUUUGAAGAAUGAUUAAUAAAUAUAGCAUCUGAGUUGAUUAUAAAACUAUA